AUCCGGCUCCCGCCAGAGGUGAACCGGAUCCUGUACAUCAGGAACCUGCCCUACAAGAUCACUGCUGAGGAGAUGUAUGACAUCUUUGGGAAGUACGGGCCCAUCCGGCAGAUCAGAGUUGGAAACACUCCUGAGACCAGAGGAACAGCCUAUGUGGUCUAUGAAGACAUCUUUGAUGCCAAAAACGCGUGUGAUCACCUGUCAGGAUUCAACGUGUGCAACAGAUAUCUCGUUGUGCUGUACUAUAAUGCAAACAGGGCAUUCCAAAAGAUGGACACAAAGAAGAAAGAGGAACAGCUUAAGCUUCUCAAGGAAAAAUACGGAAUUAACACAGACCCCCCAAAAUAAACUGAUCUUUUUGGAUAGCUGUUUUCAAGCCCUGCUGUUGAGUUCUUGACCUAAACACAGGAAUUCUCAACAAAGUGUAAC